CGCGCCCCCGUGUCCCCUCCUGUAUGACAGCAGCACGCGCACGCACACUCACUCACACACUCUCAAACCCUCAGUCUCACUCGCUCUUUUCCAUUCUCACAAACACGCACACAUUUGCACACACCCCUUCCCCCAUUUCCCCCUAUCCCUCUUUUCGCUUGAGUUCGCCUUGCAAAGAGACAGCAAAUACACAGCCAUGUGGAUUCAAUGCAUUUAUAAAAUUUUCAUCGCAGGCUUGCUCUUCUCUGGAAAAUUGGCCUCAGGAAAAUAUAUGAAAGGAAACUUACAUACGAAGGAGGACUGGAUUUUCUUGACCAGAUUCUGCUUCCUGUCCGAUUCAGGACUUCUGGAAUUCCGCUUCAAAUAUCCAGAGGCCCGAUGCUGCCAGAAUAUCCUUCUUUAUUUUGAUGAUGCCUCACAGUGGCCUGCAGUGUAUAAAAAGGACAAGGACUGUUUACAGAAGGAAAAAGUGUUACGGCCUGAGAACAAUCAAGUAAUCAAUCUGACGACUGCAUUCACUUGGUCAGGAUGUAAGGUUGAGAAAGAAUCACCAACCAACUAUUUGAUAUGCCAGGGUAGACGGAGCUUCCGUUCAGUGAGAGAACGCUGGUGGUACAUCGCGCUCAGCAAGUGUGGGGGUGAUGGUCUGGAGCUGGAGUAUGAGAUGACACUGAAGAAUGGCGAGUCCUUUUGGACCAAGCACUUCUCAGCAGAUGAAUUUGGAAUCCUGGAGACUGAUAUUGCGUUCCUGGUGUUCUUUACACUGGUCUUUGCUAUAUCCUGCUACUUUGCAUAUGUCCUAAAGGGACGACAGCUUCUUCACACUACCUACAAGAUGUUCAUGACAGCUGCUGGAGUGGAAGUUGUUAGCCUCCUGUUUUUCUGCAUUUACUGGGGAAUGUAUGCCGAAACUGGAACUGGGAGAAGCAGUCUGAAAAUUCUUGGAAAACUGUUGUUUUCAAUUAGCUUUCUCAUCUUCCUCCUACUUCUGAUUCUGCUUGGGAAGGGCUUCACUGUCACAAGGGGUCGGAUCAGCCACAGUGGUUCUGUAAAGCUGUCUGUCUACAUGACCCUUUACACCAUGACACAUGCCAGCCUGUUCAUCUAUGAAGCUGAGUUCUUUGACCCAGGUCUGGUGGUGUAUGCUUUUGAAUCUCCAGCAGGUUAUGGUCUGAUCACGCUUCAGUUCAUCGCUUAUGCCUGGUUUUGCUAUGCCGUGCUGAUCACACUCAAACACUAUCCAGAGAAGCAAGCCUUCUAUGUACCUUUCUUUGCAGCAUAUACACUAUGGUUUUUUGCAGUUCCUGUCAUGGCUCUCAUUGCGAAUUUUGGGAUACCAAAGUGGGCCCGUGAGAAGAUUGUCAAUGGCAUUCAGCUGGGCAUACACUUUUAUGCGCAUGCUGUAUUUCUGGUGAUCACCCGGCCAUCUGCAGCCAAUAAGAACUUCCCUUACCAUGUGCGCACCUCCCAGAUUGGUAUAAUGAAGAGUCCUGGUGAGACAUUCCCUCAUCAUGCAUAUGGCAACGUGACAUUCAUCAGUGAUUCUGUGCCAAAUUUCACAGAACUCUUCUCCAUACAGUCAAGCAAUGGAGGUCCACCUAGCUCUGGGGGAAAAGUCCUAGAAGAGACUCCACCGCUGAAAGCUUCCAAGUCCAGCCAGAUUGUCACUACUAAGGUGGAGUUUACGGGCAGCCUGAUCACACCCAGCGCUCCAUUCCUACCCUCUGAAUUGGAUGUACCCGCAGGAACAGUUGCACCUCUACCUUCCCCGCUGCCUUUGAGCCAUAAUGGGACUUUCCCAGAAUACUUUAGUGUACAGGGGGCAGCUAGCAAAGCAGGAGCAGUUCAGGCAAACUUCUGAGACCUCCAACUGGGAUGACUGUUGUCUGGAGAGCCCUUCACAUGAGGAUGGAGGGGAAGGCAGGAUGCUGCUUUCAGAUAUUUAAUUGCUUCCCUGCCGUGUCUCUUGCUUUUUUUCCAUUCCUGUACAUGAAAAUGAUUGAGAAAAAAAGGCAACUGCCGGGUUUCCUACUGUGUACAGAAUGUGAAACAAGGUUUUGACACACAUAGGCACUAAGUGUUUGAGAAAAAUGUGGGGAAUCAAUGGGGAUUGAUCCGAGACAACAGAAUUUUCAAACGAGGCAGUGUCCUGCACUUUCGUGGAGUCUUUGAGAAAUGUCUACUUUCACAAGAGCAGGAGUCUGUCUCCGUAUUUGAUUCUGUUCUUCCUCAUUCUCGAGGAGAGAGGUGCUGGCACUACUCCCAUCUGCCUUCAGUGCUUCCCAGUCUGGACUCCUUUAAACUGAACAUCUUGAAGAUGGAAUACACCAACCAGAACUACGAGCAAAAAAAAAAAAAUGGCUUUUUGGAUUUUGAUCCACAUAGUAACUUUGUGAUGAAGUGGGGCUUACGUGGUACAAACAAUUUGAAAACGGCUACUGUGUUGCAUCCUUGCUGAACUGGCCAUACCACACCAGGUCAUUUCCCACCGUAAUGCUGCCUGUGGCAGAUGCCAUGAACAUUGUAUGUGUCUGAAGAGUUGUGCCAAAUCCCACAUGUGUGCACAGACACAUACACAGUCAGAGUUCAUCUUUAUUUUCAGCUGCAGUAUGUGGCCAGCAUAAUAUGUGAUUGUUUUUUGGCCUCUUUGACCAUUUAACAUUUGCAACUGAUGAUUGGAGAACUAGCCAUCAUAUUCUCACACCAGAAAUUCAAAAAUGUGUUAUCAUUUCUAAGUGACAUGCAUGCUUGCUCGGUGACAGACAUUGCUAUUU